CUCUUCACUUGUCCAUCCCGCCGUCACUCGCUCCCCCUUCUAGAAAACGAAACACUGCAAACCCGACACUGGACUGAAGUCUCGAUAGAGGACCCCACUAUAUUUUCAAGUAUUGCACUAAAAGAUAGUAGUGCUGAAAAAGAUCCAUCAUCAACAAUCCUUGUUUUCGAACUCACAUACACCCACAUACUACUACACAUAGAGGUACAAAAAUUUGAUCUCACUCAACUCACACCUCAGCGCCGACAAAAACACACAAUGUCUCGCACCCUCCCCAACAUCAUCAUCACCGGCACCCCCGGCGUCGGCAAGACCUCCCACUGCGAGCUGCUGGCCGAGCGCACGGGGCUCAAGCACCUGUCCGUCAACGACGUGGUGAAGGCCAAGGAGUGCCAUGAGGGGUACGAUGAGGAGUAUCAGAGUUGGAUUGUUGAUGAGGAUAAGCUCCUCGACGCCAUCGAAGACGAAGUCAAGCAGGGCGGUUGCAUAAUAGACUGGCAUGCUUGCGAUCUUUUCCCCAAGAGCUGGAUCGAUUUGGUGGUGGUUUUGAGGGUUAAGAGUGAGGUGUUGUAUGAUCGGUUGACGGAGAGAAAAUACCCCGAGCUCAAGCUCCAGGAAAACCUCGACUCGGAGAUCAUGGAGGUUCUCCUUCAGGAGGCCCGCGACUCGUACGACGAGGAGAUCGUCGUCGAGCUGCAGAGUAACGACGCCGAGCAGAUGGAUGAGAACGUGGAUCGGAUUGAGGCUUGGCUUAAGCAGUGGAAGGAGAACAACAGCUCUGCUUAGGGGGUGAUGGCGAGCUCAGGGGUAGGAGGAGAUAUGGUUUUGCGGAAAGGAACGAUGAACGUAAAAUAAGAAGGGAAAGAGAGGUCUUGAUACCCGGGAUUGAUGUGGUCUUCACAAAGAUGUGAGAGGAAUAGGUAUAGAAGAAGCGGCGUGAUCUAUGAGAUACUUCACGAAAGAAAAGUGAAAAUUCCAUUCACAACACGCAG